AUGGAUAGUGGAAUCCCGGUUGAAUUAGUUGGAAGUUUCGGAGAGUUAUACCCGGGUUACAUAGUUGGCUUUAGGGCUCCUGAUAGUUUUAAAUUCAGAUUUGUUGGUGAGGAUUCUCCGGGACUGCCCGCUGAAAUAAACGCAUCUCCGUGUCGUUUACGAAAACCUCCUAGGGGCAAUGUUCACACGAUUUCCGCAUCAAUUGUUUCGGUUGGUCUUGAAGUAGAGGUAUUAGCUGGAAAGCCAGUUAACGAUGAUGGCUUCAAUCACCUCUUCUAUCAAACCGGUGAACUUCCCCCAUCGUGGUGGCCGGCUCACGUUGUCAAACAGCGCGGGGAUUUCGUUGUUGUAGAGUUUGAUAUACGUGAAAGCCACGAGCAUCCUCCCGUGUUUCCUCAGCCGCUGCUUGAUGGUGUAGCUGAAAAUAACCAAAUUAGACCAAAAAGCUCUCAAAAGCAGCUGACGGAGUCGGACUUUUUCUAUCAUGUCCUUGAUAUUCCGAAGGAAUUGGUUGGCUUGUUCAUAGACCCAUCGAAUGUUCAACACAUAGUUCGAGCUUGUGGGCAACCUAUGCUUAUCUGUCAAGUUUCCACGUAUAUGAAUCUUCCAAAGGAAUUGGGCAAUGUAGACCUAUCGGAUGAAUCGAAGUCUAAGUUCCUGAUAACUUGUACCUCUCCUGAGACAAUAACUAAGGCAAAGACGUUGGGUCAUGACGUGAUCAGGAUGCUUCGUCAAAAGUAUAGCAUUCUUAAUCAAAUUAAUGAAAUUUCCCGACGUAUCAAAGGAACACAGCCCUGCAAGGCAAGUUUUCCCUUUAUUUGCGUAAUAACUAGUAAAUUAUUUGAUUCACUUAUCUGUGAAGAGUUUUCCGUUGAACCGGAUCUUGUUGGUCAAUCAAUUGGCGCGAGUGGGGCAAACAUUCGUCAGGCUCGUAAGGUGGAUGGGGUGGUUAGCGUAGUCCUCAACCCUGAUACAUGUACCUUCAGAGUUUCUGGAAAAACUAGAGAGGCAGUCGAAAAUGCAAGGAAGAUGUUAGAGUAUGCAACGGAGGUGAUGCAAGUUCCACGGCAAUACGUGGCACGCAUAAUUGGACAAAAGAAUCGCCAAAUUCAGGCUCUAGUGGAUCUGGUGGGCCUGGCUAAAAUUCGUGUUCAAGCCGCCGAUGAAGCAACGGUUCCGAACUGCGUCCCGUUCGCCUUCACCGGCACUCGUUCGGCAAUAAAUGACGCCAAACUGCUGAUAAAUUUCAAUAUAGAGAAUCUAAAGGAAAUUGACCAGCUCCAGGCUAGCGUUGCACCUCAUGGACGUAAUGGUGGUGGACAUCAGCAUAAAAAACGUGAUGCUUCAAGCAAGUCGACUUCAGAUUGCAUUAAAGGUGAGCGACGCUUCCGUGUCCAGCAGACAGACAACGGUCAAGCAACAGACAGUGGGAUGACUACUGCGACUACCUUCAACGGCGACACUGCCAAAGGUUCGAGGGGUGGUCGGACAACAGAUACCGCUGCCGAACAGUCUGACCCUCCUCCACAUCGACAUCCUCCUCGUCCUUCAAACCCACCCCGAAAAAACAAGCAGCAGGCUAGGGUUGCUGCUGUAGUCGGCGGCGCCGUGCUUCCCUCAUUUCCCGGGCAGAACUCCCUGCCCCCACCAGCACCUAAACCGGGUAUGUAA